UUUUUUUCUUUUUUUUAUCUUUUUUUUACACUAUGGAUUCUGUUCAAAGCGUUUUGCCAUACUUGAUUCCAGCAGUUAUUGCUGCUGGUAGUGCUUACUUUUUUAUGAACAAAAAGAGUGAAGUAUUGGAUGCCAAGGUGUUUAAAAAGUUCAAGUUGGCUGAAAAGAUUGUUAUUUCUCACAACACAGCCAUUUAUCGUUUUGCUUUACCUCGCAAGGAUGCUGUGUUGGGUCUUCCUAUUGGCCAACAUGUAUCUGUGAUGGCUGAAAUCAAUGGCAAGCAAAUCUCUCGUAGUUAUACACCUACUAGUUCAGAUGAUGAUCGUGGUUAUUUUGAUUUACUUGUCAAGUCUUAUCCUAUGGGCAAUAUUUCUCGGUUAUUCAGUGAACUCAAGGUCGGUGAUGAAAUGUCUGUUAGAGGACCUAAAGGUAACUUCAACUAUACUCCCAAUAUGUGCAGAGCCAUUGGUAUGAUCGCUGGUGGUACUGGUAUUACCCCUAUGCUUCAGAUCAUUCGUGCUAUUUGUAAGAAUCCAAAUGACAAGACUAAGGUCAACCUUAUUUUCGGUAAUGUCUCUGAAGAAGACAUCUUGCUUCGUGAAGAAUUAAAUGAAUUGGCAAAGAACAAUGAGAAUUUGACUGUCUAUCAUGUCUUAAACACACCUCCUGCUAACUGGACUCAAGGUGUUGGAUUUGUUACUGCUGAUAUGAUUCGUGAACAAUGUCCUGCUCCUGCCAGUGAUAUCAAGAUGUUACUCUGUGGUCCUCUGCCUAUGGUGAAGGCCAUGACUGAGCAUUUGAUUGAAUUGGGUUAUGAUAAACCUCGCGCUGUCAGUCAACUCUCUGAUCAAGUCUUUAAGUUUUAGAAAUCAUCCUCAUCCUAAUAAAAAUUGCAUUUUAAGAAAAAGAAA